AUGGAAGGAAACGCAACCCAAGUCCGAAGUGGGCGAACCUCGCCUCCCGCAGGCCCUUUUGGAUAUUCUUUUCUUUCCCCCAUGGACACUCCUUAUGAACAGGCUCCGGCUCUUCCCCCGGGACCAUCGCUCCUGGACGAUAAUGAAUCAAAUAUGCUUGAUAACUUUUUUACUACGAUGAACGCGAAUCACUUUACGAACGAUUUUUGGCUGCGGUCGCAAAACAAAUCCUCGGGGCCGCUCAACUUCGAGUGGUCUGAUGAACUUCCACCGAACUUUGAAGGAUCAACCACGUCGCUGUCACAACCAUCGUUUCAACAGCAUGGCAUGGGGAAACAUGGUGGAGGAUUAAUGGGCGGGAAUGCUGCGGGUCCCGACAUAUUUGCUGCAGCUUCUAUGCUGUACCAGAGCGGCAUGAAUGGGCCAGAGUUCGGCUCCACAUUGGCGCAGCAGGCGUUUUCGGCCUCACCGAGGCGCGACUCUCAGGCAGACAACCACGCGAAAAGGCCUAGCGAAUCAUCUGCUCAGGCACAGAUCCCGACAGGAUUCCAUACGUCGGAGAUGUUGUUUGACGUGCGUGAUCCCAUCCCCGCAGACCAACACCCCUCGAGGAAGGCCCGCAGUCUGCGUUGGGGUUCAGACGCCAGUUUUAUGGAUCAGGGCUACCUCCGCCCGCCCGACCAGCCAGACGAGGAACAGCGAACCAAAGAUCUCCUGACCCACCUCGGGUGCUUUGAGCCCCAGACUAGUACAACGAAUACUCGAGCUCCUAGCCCAGACCACCUGGCGGGUGUCCAUGACUCUCACACCGGCUUCCGGCCGGGAACCAACCUGGAAGAUAAUUCACAACCCCGAAAGCGGCAAAGAACGUUGAAGGAAGAGGAUGACCAGUUCUCGGAUGAGGAUGACUCAAGACCGCAGUCCCGAAAGUCCAAAACCCCGGGCAGCCUCAAGGGCCGGCGCGCGUCGACGGACACUUCCCGAAAAGUGAGACUACCGUCAGGUUCCAAAGCCGCACGGGAGAAUCUCACAGAAGAGCAAAAGAGGACCAAUCACAUCCUCUCGGAGCAGAAGCGGCGAAAUCUCAUCCGCCAGGGCUUUGACGAUCUGUGUUCGCUGGUGCCCAGUCUUAGAGGCGGUGGGUUCAGCAAGAGUGCUAUGCUCACGCAGGCCGCUGACUGGCUUGAGGAACUCUUGCGCGGGAACGAGAUCCUCCAGGGCCAAUUGGCUGAUCUCAAGGGCAUCAAUGGCCUAGUGAUGCCGCGAUGA